GCCCAGGUCUAUCCCCUCACAACCAGUAUUGAUGGCUUCCUUUCCCAGCCAAUCAGAACCCCCCUACGAUGGGACCCCGGAGUGCCCCGUGAAUCAGCCAGUCCCUACGCAGGAAUCUGUAUCUCAAAUCAGGGGGCGGAGCAAGCAAGUUGGGACAGGAUUCUAACAUUCUGAGGGAAAAGACAGAGUGAAAAACAGAAGAGAGAGAGAGAGAGAGACCACUGUGACUGACCCAAACUUAAGGAAAACUUUGACUAUGUACAGACUCAGUGAGCAUAGCCUUGCUAUUGAGAAAGGCCGCCGUAGGCAGACCUGGCUCUCAAGAGAAGACAGGCUAUGUGCACACUGCCCACAAAAUGAGGUGGAAACUGAGCUGCACUUCCUAACCUCCUGCCAAAUGUAUGACCAUAGAGAGACAUAUUUCCCUCAGAUUACAGCGAUCCACAAAGAAUUCGAAAACAAACCCAAUUUUGAUAAACUCCCUUAUCUACUGGGUGAAAAACCACAGUGUGCCAUCACAGCAGCAAUAUUUGUGACCUGUUGCCACAAGAAAAGGGCAACCAGUGAAGAACAAACACCAUUGUAAAUACAACCCAUAUUUAUGUUUAUUUAGUUUCCCAUUUGUACUUGAACUAUUUGCACAUUGUUACAACACUGUAUAUAUACGUAAUAUGACAUUUUAAAUGACUUUAUUCUUUUGGAACUUCUGAGUGUAAUGUUUACUGUUAAUAUUUAUUGUUUAUUUCACUUUUGUUUACUAUCUACUUCACUUGCUUUGGCAAUGUUAACAUAUGUUUCCCAUGACAAUAAAGCCCUUAAAUUGAAAUGAAAUUGAAAUUGAAUUGAGGGAGGGAGGGAGGGAGGGAGAAAGAGACAGAAUGAUCGAUGGUUUGUUUGGCAAAUGAUAUACAAGCUCUGUGUGUGUGUGUGUGUGUGUGUGUGUGUGUGUGUUGUGUGUGUGUGUGUGUGUGCAUGUGUGUGUGUGUGUGUGUGUGUGUGUGUGUGUGUGUGUGUGUGUGUGUGUGUGUGUGUGUGUGUGUGUGUCCGUGCGUUUAGCCUUCAGUUGUGCUGGCCCAGCAGUAUCUGCUAGUUUCACUAGAGGGCACUAGUUCCCUAUAAAGCUGUGUCCCUAUUGUGGGUCAAUUGUAUUUCCUUGAUUCCUCUCAUCCUCUCUCCUUGGCCUCUUCUCAAAACCCCAUUGGAGGAGGAGAUCCAAGGGGAGGAACCUCAGAGCUUCUGCUCCAAUGUUCUUUGAGAAUGAGACAAGUAGGGAGGACUUGGAAAUGAGGAAUCAAGGAAAUACUAUGUAGUUUCACUCUUAGAGUUCCCUCUGUUGUCACUUGUUGCUGAACUAACUCAGAGUGACUUUCUGAUGAGGGGAUCAGUUAAUACAUUAACUAUUAUAUAGGAUAAGUAGAGUUUCUGAUGAGGGGAUCAGUUAAUACAUGAACUAUGGGAUAGGAUAGGAUUCUACACACAUGCAUUUUCAUGUUCCAAACUUCAAUAGUAAGAUGAUUAUCAUCCAGUCUCUGUCACACUUUAACUCCCCCUCUGAAUGUGUGCUUUGUGGUUGAUUUUGUGAUCUCACACAUUCACAUAUCAUACUGAGUAUACUGUGCAUGUGUGUGUGUGCCUCUGUCUGUGUGUGUGUGCGUGUGUGUGUGUGUGUGUGUGCUGUGUGUGUGUGUGUGUGUGCUCUGUGUGUGUGUGUGUGUGUGUGUGUGUGUGUGUGUGUGUGUGUUGUGUGUGUGUGUGUGUGUGUGUGUGUGUGUGUGUGUGUGUGUGUGUGUGUGUGUGUGGUGUGUGUGCCUGUGCUCGUGUGCCUCUGUGUGUGACAGGGGAAAGGGGAAGUGGUGCAGUUAAAAGAGUCUUCCUCCGUCUGCAGCUCUGCAGAAGGCAACACCCACCUCGGAACAACGACCACAAGGGCAGAGAACGAGGAAACAAGAGAGAGACAAUGAAAAGAAGACAGGGGAGGUGAACACAGACAGAGACAUCAACACGGAGGAAGAAGAACAGAGCCACAGACCCGAAGAAGAGAACAAGAAGGUAAGAAAUACUUUUAGUUGUUACAUAAGUUUAAAGGUCAAAUCAACAUCUCCUUUUUAUUCCUCACAUGCUUGGUAAAACAACAGGUGUAGACUAACGGAGAGAAUGCUUACUGACGGCUGAUUGGCCCCUUCCCCAACAAUGCAGAGAGAAGAAAAAGUGUGUUUUUUGUGUUAAAUAAAGUUGUUGGAAUAUUCGGAGCCCUCUAGUCAUGAGUCUGAAGUUAGUUCCCUGGAUAUAGACACAUGGGUUACUAACGGCCGAAGGCCGCGCUUUCAGAGGCAAGCAGAUCUAGGAACAGAUCUAGAAACAGUUCAGGGAAGGUUAGUACAGUUUCACUGCAUGUGAUCUAUUUCUGUAGAAACGUGAAGAUUGUUAAACUAAAGCGUUUUGCCUCUUUCAAACAAGGAUUACUAUAGCUGUCCUACUAUGGCUGACCCUGUAAAACAACACAUUACACUGCACCUAUCAUACUACUAUGGCUGACCCUGUAAAACAACACAUUUCACUGCACCUAUCAUACUACUAUGGCUGACCCUGUAAAACAACACAUUACACUGCACCUAUCAUACUACUAUGGCUGACCCUGUAAAACAACACAUUACACUGCACCUUUCAUACUACUAUGGCUGACCCUGUAAAACAGCACGUCACUGCACCUUUCAUACUACUAUGGCUGACCCUGUAAAACAACACGUCACUGCACCUAUCAUACUACUAUGGCUGACCCUGUAAAACAACACAUUACACUGCACCUAUCCGGUGUAUGUGACAAAACAACUUUUUUUUUAAUUAUUACAUUUUUUUCUGGUUCUGUUGUGGUCAGGACAAUCAAGAUGUUUUCAGGCUAUUUGGCUCAUCAAGUGUCCAAUGGUUGUCGUACGGUCAUGUUAUGUUCAUGUUAAUCGCCAGGUGGUCGUGUUACGGUCGAGUUGUAGCUGUGGCAUCAGUGUGCGGUGUGGCUGAUAGUGUCGAAUGUGUGGUUGUGUUUAUGCUUGUUUUACGGUCAUGUUAUAUUCAGAUUAUAUGUUUUGUUCUUGUUGUGUUCAUGUGGUUGUGUUUUGGUCAGGUGGUCCUGUUACCAGAGAAACACAACCUAUAUUGAGGUUGUCUUACGGUUAUGGUUAUGUUAUAUUUAGGUUGUCUUACAGUUAUGGUUGUUAUAUUCAGGUUGUCUUACUGUUAUGGUUGUUAUAUUCAGGUUGUCUUACGAUUAUGUUUCUGUUAGGUUUAUGUUAUCGUCAGGUGGUCGCAUUAUGGUUGAGAUGGAGUUGUGGCGUAAGUGAGGGAUUUGGUACAAUGUGCUUAUGGUCGUCUUACGGUCAUGUUCAUGUUGUUUCCAUGUUGUGUUCAGGUGGUCGUGUUUCGGUAAGGACGGUCGAGAUGGAGCUGUGGCGUCAGUGCGCUGUGGCCGAUAGUGUCUCCAAUGUUGGUCAUGUUCAUGUUAUAUUCAGGUUAUAUUGUGGUCCUGUUGUGUUCAGGUGGUCGUGUUACGGUUGAGAUGGAGCUGUGGCGUUAGUGUGGCUGAUGUGUCCAAAUGUGGUCGUGUUUAUGGUUCUCUUAUGGUCAUGUUCGUGUUAUAUUGAGGUUGUGUUACGGUUAUGUUGUGUUAAUGUUCAUGAUACGUUGUGUGGUUGAUAGAGUGCAGGCCAGGGUCCUACCUGAGAGCCACGGACAGGGAGACAUGACGAAACAGUCUUACGGUUAUGUUUCAUUGUGUGUUCCUGUUGUGUCCAGGUGGUGGGUGUUGAGAUGGCGCUGUGGCGUCACUGUGCAGUGUGGUUGAUCAGGGUUAUGGUUGUCUUACGGUCAUGUUAUGUUGUGUUCCUAUUGUGUCCAGGCGGUGGUGUUCAGGUUGAGAUGGAGCUGUGGCGUCACUGUGCAGUGUGGCUGAUCAGGGUUAUGGUUGUCUUACGGUCAUGUUCAUGUUAUGUUGUGUUCCUGUUGUGUCCAGGCGGUGGUGUUCAGGUUGAGAUGGAGCUGUGGCGUCACUGUGCAGUGUGGCUGAUCAGGGUUAUGGUUGUCUUACGGUCAUGUUCAUGUUAUGUUGUGUUCCUGUUGUGUCCAGGCGGUGGUGUUCAGGUUGAGACGGAGCUGUGGCGUCACUGUGCAGUGUGGCUGAUCAGGGUUAUGGUUGUCUUACGGUCAUGUUCAUGUUAUGUUGUGUUCCUGUUGUGUCCAGGCGGUGGUGUUCAGGUUGAGAUGGAGCUGUGGCGUCACUGUGCAGUGUGGCUGAUCAGGGUUAUGGUUGUCUUACGGUCAUGUUCAUGUUAUGUUGUGUUCCUGUUGUGUCCAGGCGGUGGUGUUCAGGUUGAGAUGGAGCUGUGGCGUCACUGUGCAGUGUGGCUGAUAGAGUGCAGGGUGCUCCCUGAGAGCCACAGGGUAACGUGGGACAGUGCUCAGGUGUGCGAGCUAGCCCAGGCUCUGAGGGAUGGAGUCCUGCUCUGUCAGCUGCUCAACAACUUACUACCCCACGCCGUCAACCUCCGAGAGAUCAACCUACGACCACAGAUGUCCCAGGUAACACACACACACACCUGUAUAUACAUUAUGUUAGCUGGCUAGCUAGUAGGGCUAACGUCAGCGGGUUAGUUGGCAAGCAACCUUGCAAGUUGAUUUGUAACAAUACAUUCAAAGCGUUUGCUUGUACGUCUGAAAACUUUGGAAUUCUGAUCCGUUUAAGGUAAUAACUCACAAAAUACAAAAAGUGAGGUGUAACUUUGCAUUGGAAAUGUUAUAGGAAUGGAAAUCCAUAUGUUACAUGUGGCUACGUUUAUGCUACCUACCCUUUAAGCUGUAUACUAAUACUUCCUGCUUCAUGUCACCAGUUUAAGGAACAGACAUUGAAAUAUAGAAUAUUUGAGGAAAUGGAAUGAAUGUGAGAAUGAGGACUGUUGGAGGAGGGGAAUGAGAAUGAACCGGAUGAAGUAGAGGACUGUAGGAAGGGAAAGAGAAUGGACCAGAUGAAGUAGAGGACUGUAGGAAGGGAAAGAGAAUGGACCAGAUGAAGUAGAGGACUGUAGGAAGGGAAUGAGAAUGGACCAGAUGAAGUAGAGGACUGUAGGAAGGGAAUGAGAAUGGACCGGAUAAAGUAGAGGACUGUAGAGGAGGGAUUCAGUAGGGGAAUGAGAAUAGACCGGAUGAAGUAGAGGACUGUAGAGGAGGGAUUCAGUAGGGGAAUGAGAAUAGACCGGAUAAAGUAGAGGACUGUAGGAGGGGAAUGAGAAUGGAAUGAAUGUGAGAAUGAGGACUGUUGGAGGAGGGGAAUGAGAAUGAACCGGAUGAAGUAGAGGACUGUAGGAAGGGAAAGAGAAUGGACCAGAUGAAGUAGAGGACUGUAGGAAGGGAAUGAGAAUGGACCGGAUAAAGUAGAGGACUGUAGGAGGGGAAUGAGAAUGGAAUGAAUGUGAGAAUGAGGACCGUAUGAGGAGGGGAAUGAGAAUGGACCGGAUGAAGUAGAGGACUGUAGGAAGGGAAUGAGAAUGGACCAGAUGAAGUAGAGGACUGUAGGAAGGGAAUGAGAAUGGACCAGAUGAAGUAGAGGACUGUAGGAAGGGAAUGAGAAUGGACCGGAUAAAGUAGAGGACUGUAGAGGAGGGAUUCAGUAGGGGAAUGAGAAUAGACCGGAUGAAGUAGAGGACUGUAGAGGAGGGAUUCAGUAGAGGAAUGAGAAUGGACCGGAUGAAGUAGAGGACUGUAGGAAGGGAAUGAGAAUGGACCAGAUGAAGUAGAGGACUGUAGAGGAGGGAUUCAGGGGGUGGUUUCUAGAGUUUGGCUUGGAGUGUCAGAUAGACAUCACCAUCAGGUCUCGGUAGUUCGGCUGCUGUGGUGAUGGUGAGGCUGGGCAGUUGAAGACUUGAACAGAGGCAGUUGGCUCACUGAUCUAGGAGAGGCUCUCAGCCGGUAAGACCAGGGUCUGAACCGCUGCAGGAGCAGUUGGCACGUAACUGGAUGAGCUGGCUGAGAUGUGGGAGUUCAUGGCUGGUAGGGAUGGAAGGUGAGACGCUGCGGGGGUGACAGUGGCAGUCAGCGGGUUCCGGCUGGUGAAGAGAGAGGACGUCACUGGCAUGAGGGGCGGAGCUGCCGCCAGAGGGUCGAAAGGGUGUCAAGGGCAAAUGUAGUAACCAGGUCGUUGGAGCACGGGGGGAUGACGGCUGACGGAAGGAAGGGGUUGUCAGAGGGGGACGCAUCAAGGGAGACAACUGCAGAGGUCGCAAGGAUGCAGGCAGGGUGGGAUGGACAACUGCAGAGGUCGCAAGCGAUGGACACCCUGCGGGCGAAGAGGCUACAGUCCAGCUGUCAAGAGCGCCCCAGUACGUGCUGACAUUCCACUGCAGGAGCCUGGAGGCAGUGACAGCUGAAAACAGCCAAUGGCAGUCGUAGAUUGUUGCGCCACCAUAACGAACAGCCAGAUCCAUAACGAUGGAGUGGUAGUCAUCCAACUCCUAGCGGCGAGAAGGGUGAGCCGAGCAGAUGACGUCUCUGUAGUACGAGAAGGCCAAAUACGGGCCUAGAGGGACCCGAGGUGGGCAGAGAGGUCGUCACUGGCAGAGAGAGGGGCCAGCAGGACCGUGUAGGAUCUGCUGGCGAAGCGAGGAAGAGACUGGAUGCGAAUUGUAGUGGAGUGUGCUGGGUGAAGGAAGAGCCAGGGCGGCCGUCGAGAGGGAACGGUGAGCCGGAGGGCGCCGCUGGGGUCAGCAGUCACAGCUGUGAGGAACAGAGGCAGCAGGCACAGAUAGCUGGUUGAACCAGCGUCGCUGGCAGAGGGUGGCGGUCACAGGACCAGUAGGACCAGAGGCAAAGAUGGAGGUCAUCACUGGUGGAGAGGGAGGGUGUGUCACCAUGGGAGCAGCAGUCACAAGCCGGCGGGGCCUGAGGCGGGGAGAGAGGACGUCAGUGGCAGAGAGACGGGGUGAGCAGCUGCUGGAGCACUGGACACAGGGCCAGUGGGACCUGAGAGGGGGAGAGCUGCUGGAGCAGUGGACACAGGGCCAGUGGGACCUGAGAGGGGGAGAGCUGCUGGAGCAGUGGACACAGGGCCAGUGGGCUGCUAGAGGCUGUGAAGAUGGAGCAGGCAAAAUAGCCAGGAGGCUAGAGCAGGCAACCAGAAAACCAGUUGCACCGCCGGCGGAGUCAGAACGUGAGGUAGAGGGCAGAGGUAGCAGUAUGCUGAGAGAUAGGCUGUCGCUGGCAGAAAGGGUAGGUGAGUCACUGCCGGAGCAGCAGACAGGGUCCAGAGCAGCAGUCAGGGUCCAGAGCAGCAGUCCGGGUCCAGAGCAGCAGUCCGGGUCCAGAGCAGCAGACAGGGUCCAGAGCAGCAGUCCGGGUCCAGAGCAGCAGUCCGGGUCCAGAGCAGCAGUCCGGGUCCAGAGCAGCUGUCAGGGUCCAGAGCAGCAGUCCGGGUCCAGAGGGUCCAGUGAGAAAAGCAGUAGCAAGAGGCCAGGUGUCAUC